CAAACUUGCAUGAUGAAAACUAACACCACGUAGCUACUGGCCAGGACCAAAGACUUGAUAACUAAGAAUGUGGAAAUCUGUGCGCAUGUCACAGGAUGGUGCUUGCCCAGGAGACUUCGUGCUUCAGAAUGUAAACCGUCCUCGGGUGAAGCUGGGGCGAGAAUUCCCCAGAGUCGCUUUCCGAGGUCACAUCCGCUCCCUCCCCAAACUGAUGGACGUAACGCGCCCUUCCCAUGCAAGUCAUGGCAACCAUAAAGAAAACAGUCCUUUCCUGAACAGUUCAGAAGCUGGCAAGGGAGGUGAUUACUAUGACAGAAAUCUGGCCUUAUUUGAGGAAGAGCUUGAUAUACGACCAAAAGUGUCAUCUCUGCUCGGCAAGUUGGUCAACUACACGAAUCUUACUCAAGGUGUCAAGGAGCAUGAAGAAGCAGAAAGUACUGAUGGAUCAAAGAAGAAAGUAUCAAAAUCACCCAGCAUGGGCACCCUGAUGGGGGUGUAUUUGCCAUGCAUGCAGAAUAUCUUCGGGGUUAUUCUCUUCCUUCGGCUGACUUGGAUGGUGGGAAUGGCUGGAGUUCUUCAGUCCUUCCUGAUUGUAUUGCUUUGCUGCUGUUGUACUAUGUUGACAACCAUAUCAAUGAGUGCAAUUGCCACGAACGGUGUUGUUCCAGCUGGUGGCUCCUAUUUCAUGAUAUCUAGGUCCUUGGGUCCGGAGUUUGGUGGAGCUGUAGGGCUGUGUUUUUAUUUGGGAACGACAUUUGCAGGAGCCAUGUAUAUCCUUGGUGCCAUUGAGAUUUUAUUGACAUAUAUUGUGCCACAGGCAGCAAUUUUUCAUCCCUCCGGUGCCCACGAUGCAUCCAGUGCCAUGCUGAACAACAUGAGGGUGUAUGGCACCGUGUUCCUCAUCCUCAUGGCAGUGGUGGUGUUCGUAGGUGUGAAAUAUGUGAACAAAUUUGCUUCCCUCUUCUUGGCCUGUGUAGUGAUAUCCAUCCUGUCCAUUUAUGCUGGAGCUAUCAAGUCCAUCUUCGAUCCGCCUGCAUUUCCGAUUUGCAUGUUGGGCAACAGGACUCUGUCAAGGGAUCACUUUGAUGUUUGUGCCAAAACUGUAGUUAAGGAUAACAUCACUGUGGCCUCUAAGCUUUGGGAGCUCUUCUGCCACAGCACAAACUUAACCACCGAGCACUGUGAUGAGUAUUUCCUGAUGAACAAUGUCUCGGAGAUAGCAGGAAUUCCAGGAGCUGCUAGUGGCAUUUUAAUAGACAACUUAUGGAGCAAUUACAUGGAGAAAGGAGAGAUACUGGAGAGAGCACAUCAGCCCUCUGUGGAUGUAGCAGGCCAGAAGAACAACCUGCACCUGUACGUGCUUUCAGAUAUCACCACGUCGUUCAUGGUGCUGGUUGGCAUCUUCUUCCCUUCAGUGACUGGUAUCAUGGCUGGUUCAAACAGAUCAGGGGACCUCAAAGAUGCACAGAAAUCCAUCCCCGUUGGAACAAUUCUUGCCAUCGUCACCACAUCACUAGUCUACUUCAGUUGUGUGUUAUUAUUUGGAGCCUGCAUAGAAGGUGUUGUCCUGAGAGAUAAGUUCGGCGACGCGGUGAGCAAGAACUUGGUGGUGGGCACCCUGUCGUGGCCCUCGCCGUGGGUCAUCGUCAUCGGCUCCUUCUUCUCCACCUGCGGGGCAGGACUGCAGAGCCUCACCGGGGCCCCCCGCCUGCUGCAGGCCAUAGCCAAGGACAACAUCAUCCCUUUCCUCUGGAUCUUUGGUCAUGGAAAAGCGAACGGUGAACCGACGUGGGCUCUUCUGUUAACAGCAUUAAUUGCUGAGUUAGGAAUCCUUAUUGCUUCGCUUGACAUGGUGGCUCCAAUCCUCUCGAUGUUUUUCUUGAUGUGUUACCUCUUUGUUAAUCUUGCAUGUGCAGUCCAGACACUUCUGCGAACCCCGAACUGGCGGCCGCGCUUUAAGUACUACCACUGGGCCCUCUCAUUUUUAGGCAUGAGUAUUUGCCUGGCACUGAUGUUCAUUUCAUCUUGGUAUUAUGCUUUGGUAGCUAUGCUUAUUGCAGGCAUGAUUUACAAGUACAUUGAAUACCAAGGAGCAGAGAAGGAGUGGGGUGAUGGCAUCCGGGGCCUGUCGCUCAGCGCAGCGAGAUACGCCUUGCUCCGGCUGGAGGAGGGCCCUCCACACACCAAGAACUGGAGGCCUCAGUUGCUGGUGCUUCUGAAACUUGAUGAAGAUUUGCAUGUGAAAUACCCUAGACUGUUAACAUUUGCAUCCCAGCUGAAAGCUGGUAAAGGUUUGACUAUCAUAGGAUCUGUCAUCCAAGGGAAUUUCUUGGAAACUUAUGGAGAAGCCCAAGCUGCUGAGCAGACUAUUAAGAACAUGAUGGAAAUUGAGAAGGUUAAAGGAUUUUGUCAAGUAGUUGUAGCCAAUAAAGUUAGAGAAGGAAUUGCUCACUUGAUCCAGUCCUGUGGACUCGGUGGCAUGAAGCACAACACUGUGGUUUUGGGGUGGCCCUAUGGCUGGAGACAGAGUGAAGAUCCAAGGUCUUGGAAGACAUUUAUAGGUACUGUUCGCUGCACAACUGCAGCUCAUCUGGCUCUGCUGGUUCCCAAAAAUGUGUCUUUCUACCCCAGCAACCAUGAGCGUUACAACGAAGGCAACAUCGAUGUGUGGUGGAUUGUGCAUGAUGGAGGCAUGUUGAUGUUGCUUCCUUUUCUUCUCAAACAGCACAAAGUUUGGAGAAAAUGCAAAAUGAGAAUUUUUACUGUUGCUCAGAUGGAUGAUAACAGCAUCCAGAUGAAGAAGGAUUUGGCUACUUUCCUCUAUCAGCUCCGAAUAGAGGCAGAGGUAGAAGUGGUAGAAAUGCACAAUAGUGAUAUCUCAGCAUAUACUUACGAGAGAACUCUUAUGAUGGAGCAGAGAUCUCAGAUGCUGAGGCAAAUGAGGCUGACAAAAACUGAGAGGGAAAGGGAGGCUCAGCUUGUAAAGGACAGACAUUCAAUAGCACGUCUGGAGAGCCUCUACUCAGAUGAGGAAGAUGAGGGAGACCCUGUUCCUGAGAAUAUCCAGAUGACCUGGACAAAAGAGAAAUGUGAUGCUGAGAAGCGGAACCGCGGCAGUGCUGUGGGAAGCUUUAGAGAUCUCAUCAGCAUUAAGCCGAAUCAGUCUAAUGUCCGAAGGAUGCACACAGCAGUGAAGUUAAAUGAAGUCAUUGUAAAUAGAUCCCAUGAUGCCAGACUUGUGCUCCUCAACAUGCCUGGUCCUCCAAAGAAUACUGAUGGAGAUGAAAACUACAUGGAGUUUCUCGAAGUCUUGACUGAGGGUCUGGAGAGGGUACUGCUCGUUAGAGGUGGCGGCCGAGAAGUCAUCACCAUUUACUCCUGAUUUAGAAGCUUCUGACCCUGGUCUACAUUUAUCUUCUUGGCCAUUACGGACAUUCCAGUUUUAAACGGAGAAGAAAAAAAGGUUUUUUGCCUAACUUUCUCCUCAUCCAGUCCUGUUCAUUGUUUUUCCAUUUGCAACAUACAUAUCUUUUGGGAUUGCAGUAUUUGUUACACCAUCCAAUUAGCAACAUAAAUUGUGAAUAAUUAGCAACAUUAUUCAGUUUUCUGCUUUGGUACCCCGGCCGUUGUGCAUGCAGUUUUAACACUAAACCUAUUUUUAGUCAGCACUGCUAUGUGCAGUAUUUUUAGUAACUGUAUGUAAAGUUAGGACAUGAAAGCCAGUUACUGUAAAAAGAUUUAAAAAGCUUUUUAUAUUAGGUUUGGGGGAUAGAAGUGCAUUAUAUAGCAGCUAGUUUCUGCUGAAGUUCAGCUAUGAAGCAUUUUCUAAGAGCACACUAAAAUGUAAGAGAGGACUGAAAAAGCUUUCCUUUUCUGGGUUUAUUUCCAGAACUAAACUCUCAGUAUUGGGUAAGAAUUUAUACUUUUAAUACAUUUAUUGAUAGAGAUUUAAAUAAAUUAUGUUGAUAUAGUUGAAAUUAUGUAUGUAGCUUGCUAUAAGUUUUGUUGCUUCUGAGACUUCAGGUUCUGUGAGGCCAGAUCCCUAUUUAUUUUUGUAUUUAUUUGUCAGAAAUAUUGGAUAUGCAGAUACAGCCUGUUUAGGAGAACAGAGAUCUCACAAUAAAUUCUGAAUCACCAGUGGAUUGAAGGACAAGUCCUGUGCAGUUCUUCCAUGCUUUAAAUUUCUUGCAGACCAUCCAUCAAAAGUACAUUGAGCAUGUUGGAGUCCCGUGUAGAGCCAGGUGCUAUGCUGCACACACAGCGAUGGGAUUGCACUUGCACAAGUACAGGGGACCUGCUGCUUCAUUGUAUGCUUUAUGCCCUUAGAGGGAAAAGAAGAAAGACCUAUAUUAACCAAUAAGUCUCUGGAGAUUUUAUCAAGCCCAUUAAGUUGUACUUUAUGUACAGAACAUUCGUAUUUUUUCAAUAAAAUGUUGCAUACACUUUGAA